CUCAUAUCAACAACCGACCACGGUCGAAAUCCAAACUCACAGUAGUUUCUGACCGAGGCUUCAAUUUAACUCACUACUAUGGCUUCUAAUAAAGGACUCACGCGGACGACUUUCGCCAAGCUGUCGCCUCAUCCGUAUCUGCUUGCCAGCCUUGAUCCCGCCUCUGAUGAUAUCCGCCCAGCUCGAAGCAAUGGCCGAGCCCGAAACGAAUCUCGCAAGCCAACAGUCAACUUAGCGAGCUUGUCACACGCUCAUGGGAGUGCUGUUGUUCGCGUCGGCGACACUACCGUCAUUUGUGGUGUCCGAGGCGAGACUAUCUUAACACCCAACAUCCCGAAUUAUCGUGCCUCCAAUACCGAGACCGAGUUGAAAGACUACGACCUCCUGGUGCCCAACAUUGAGCUUGCUACAGGUUGCGCUCCUCAGUUCCUCCCAGGUGGUCCACCAAGCACUCUUGCCCAGACUCUCAGCACACGGAUAUACUCCCUUCUUCACAGCUCCAGAAUCAUCAAGCCUGAUGACCUGCGAAUAUGGCACACACCACCAUCUGAAGACCUUGAAGAUCGCAUGGAAGAGGAUGAAGAGGACACAAGCAACGAGAACAGAUCCGUUGUGGCUUACUGGGUGCUCUACAUUGAUAUAUUUUUCAUUUCGUUCGAUGGAAACCCGUUCGAUGCCGCGUGGGCUGCUACAAUGGCUGCGGUACGAAACACGAAGCUUCCCGGAGCGCGAUACGACGUUGACCGAGAGAUGAUUAUCUGCUCCCACAAACAGCCCCGACCUCUCAAUAUCACGAAAAUUCCAAUCGCAUGCACAGCAGUUGUCUUUACCGGCAAAGAAACUGACCGACCCACUGACGGCAGGUUCUGGCUACUCGUUGACCCAGACAGACUUGAAGAGUCACUUUGCGAUGAGAGUGUAACGGUCGUGGUGGAUUGCAAGGACGGAGACGUCAAGAUCUUAUCCAUCUCCAAGCAUGGAGGAACUGCCCUGACGACCCAGUUCCUCACAUCAGAGCAAUUCCUGGGCUGGGCCUCAAAGCGAUGGGAGGAGUUCAACGCGGCCAUCACCCAAUCAUAGAUUAAUGAUACCCCAAUAAUAAAAAGAAUAUCGAUCACAAUUGCUCACAGCCGUGGCUUUUACCAUUAUAAUCAUGAACUAAGUUGGAUCAAGAAAUGUGUCAAGGCCAUUCGACCCACCCUUUCAGACUUUAUUCUAGGGCAGGAGAUACCGGAAGACAAAUUGCUCUACCACUCAUAAAGUGAGUAGUAAUGAAACUACCACGCCACAAGCAAUGUUCCGCCAGAAGAGGUAGACAUUGCGUAGAGGGCUGAGCGGAUUGUGAGGAAAAAAGAAGAAGAAAAAGAGAGGAAAAUCUCGGCCAAUCCUUUUUCAUUGCUG